AUGAGUUUAACAUUGAGGCAUUUGAAUGCUGAUACAUCUUGGUUAAUUUUAUUCGAAAAUUUUAAAAUAUUACUCGAUCCAUGGCUAUUCGGUUCACAAAGUGAAUUUUGUCGUUACUUUUCAACUCAAGAGCAUGCUGUUCGGCCGUCUAUUCAAAAUAUAAAUCGUGAUCUUGGCAUGCAGAUUGAUGCAAUCAUUAUUUCGCAUGAAUUUACUGAUCAUUGUCAUGAAAAAACAUUACGUUCAUUGUCCGCAACUAUUCCAGUAUUUGCCACCACUAAUGCUAGUAAUCUUAUACGCCAGUGGAAUUAUUUUCAACAUGUCUAUGAAAUUCCCUCUGUACAAGAUGUACUGGUUCAUAGAGGUGCUACUGGUGGUAUUGGAACAGUUCAUCAUUUAUUACGAGCUAAAGUUCGUUUACAUUGGAAAUGUCGUAGAAAAACAGAAAAAAAUGUCAAUUACGACUUGAUCAGUCAAAAUUGACAGAUACUAAUUUACUCUCUGCUUUCCGAAUUGAAUUAGAGAACGAAAACCAAGCCAUUCGGCGCGAAAAUAAAACCUUAUCGGUAAACGAAAGGUUCACAAAAUUUGUUAAUAGUGUUCGAGAACAUGUUAGAUGCUACUUUGGAAACAAUAAAGGCAUUCAUAAAGGCGGUAAAGAAUGGUUCACACCAGAAGUGAAGGAAAUUGUCGAUAAAAAAGAUAAAGCAUAUGUCGACUGGCAACUACAUCGCAGUACGGCCAACAAGAAGAAAUAUAGAAACAGAUACCGCACGUUGGCAAAAACAGUACAAAACAAAGUAUAUGCUAGGCAACAUGAAUAUUGGGAGGAGUUAAGCAUAGACAUAGAAAAUGCAGUCAAAGUACACGAUCCAACGACUGCUUUCCAAAUCAUUCGAAGGCUACGUGGAAAUGGUAGGUGUGGGUGUGGGCAUGGGGUCGGUGAACAUAAAGGGAACACCCACACCUACACCCACUCACAUCCACACCC